AUGUCCUUGGUAUUACCCAACUCCGGUGCUGGUGGAGGGUCUGCUGCCACAGGUCAGGAGUUGAUCAAUGAUAUAACUGUCCAAAAUGGUCCAGAAGAUACCGUUACCGAUCUUUCAUUCUCACCUCAACAAGAACUUCUAGCAGCUGCUAGUUGGGAUCAUAAAGUUCGUAUAUAUGAGAUUAGUCCCAAUGGACAAACACAAGGACGUGCACUUUAUCAACACGAUGGACCUGUGUUUUCGGCACAAUGGUCUAAAGAUGGUACUAAAGUUGUCUCUGGAGGAGCUGAUAAACAAGUGAAACUUUUCGAUUUACAAACACAACAAGCCAAUCAAAUUGGAGUACAUGAUGCACCAGUUAGAUCUGUUAGGUUUGUUGAAUGUGGACCUACUAAUAUGCCAGUGGUUGUCAGUGGAUCAUGGGAUAAGACUUUAAGAUACUGGGAUAUGAGAUCACCUCAACCAAUUCUGACGGUCACAUUACCUGAAAGAGUUUAUGCUAUGGAUACCAGUGGGAAAUUACUUGUGGCUGCCUGUGCUGAAAAGCAUAUUAGUGUGAUUGAUUUAAAUAAUCCUCAACAAGUGUUUAAACAAGUUCAAUCACCUUUAAAAUGGCAAACCAGAUCUAUUUGUUGUUAUCCAAGUGGAGAUGGAUAUGCAAUUGGAUCAAUUGAAGGUCGAUGUUCUAUUUAUUUUAUUGAUGAAAAUCAACAUAGUAAAUUUGGAUUUUCAUUUAGAUGUCAUCGGAAAACUCAAAACAAUAUUAAUAACGUUUAUGCUGUGAAUAGUAUUGCAUUCCAUCCAAUAUAUGGAACGUUUUCCACUGCUGGAUCUGAUGGUAUUUUCUGUUUCUGGGAUAAAGAUGCCAAGCAGAAGUUGAAGGUAUUCCCUCAAUUACCUGGUCCAAUUACUGCCACAGCCUUUAAUAGAACAGGGUCUAUUUUUGCUUAUGCAUUUGGUUAUGACUGGGCACAGGGUUACAUGGGCAACAGACCGGAUUUCCCAACACAGAUCAAGUUACAUCCUACAAAUGAUGAUGAAAUCAAACAAAAGAAGAAACGGUGA